UCUACCGUCAGAAGCACUCCCAUCACUUUUAUUGAUCUCGAUCGCAGUACUCCUUGACACGCUAAUUUCUUGGAAUUCCUUCGAACCGUAACCCUAAAAUCUUCUUCGAUAUCGAAUUCCUCUCCUCUACUCUCCCAAUCAAUCCGGAUCUUGGGAAGCCGCCGCCGCCGCCGUCGCCGCUGUUGAUGGCGAAGGAAUUCAGCGUUCCCCCGGUGGUCUUCCCCUCCUCAGCCGGCAACCCCAAUGUUCCCCACCAGCGCCGCGCCCCGUCGGCGCCGCCAUUCCAGCCCUCCCGCCCGACCUCUGCCUCCUUCGUCGGCGGCCCCUCCAACCCUAGUCUCCCCUUCAUGUCCUUCGACAUCGGCUCCGCCCCCUCCUCAUCCUUCUCCGCCCCCGUCUUCGCCUCUGCCGCCGGCGGGCCCCUCUCCACCGGCGCUGCCUCCUUCGACGACGAGCCUCCUCUCCUCGAGGAGCUCGGCAUCAACACCCGUCAGAUCUGGCGCAAGACCGCCUCCAUACUUAACCCCUUCCGUGUUAACCCCGACCUCUAUGAGGACGCCGACCUUUCUGGGCCCUUCCUCUUCCUCAUGGCCUUCGGCCUCUUCCAGCUUCUCGCCGGCAAGUUCCACUUCGGCAUCAUCCUCGGCUGGGUCACCGUCGCCGCCCUCUUUCUUUACGUCGUCUUCAACAUGCUUGCCGGCCGCAACGGCAACCUCGAUCUCUACCGCUGUCUCAGCCUUGUCGGCUACUGCAUGCUUCCCAUGGUCAUCUUCUCCGCGGUCUCCCUCUUCGUGCCUCAUGGCGGCCUCGUGAUCUUUGCCAUGGGGGCCGUAUUCGUGCUCUGGUCCACCAGGGUCUGCACGAGGCUUCUGGUCGAGCUGGCCUUAUGCGGGGACGAGCAUCGCGGCCUCAUGGCCUAUGCCUGCUGGCUCGUCUACAUGCUCUUCUCCCUGCUUGUAAUAUUCUGAUUAUUGCCGAAGGGUUCUACUCACAACUCAAGGGGCCUGGAUUCAUUGUUUGGUUGCUAGACACUCUUAAUGCUAUUAUCUUGCUUUGAUGGUGGAGAUUCAGAGCGAUGGUUUUUGAGGAUAUUAAAUACUCAUAUCGGUUUUGUUUCUUAGACUGGAAAAAGGUUUAUGAAUAAUUCUUUCACAUGUUGAAGCAGUCAAAUAGUGCACGGAUCGCAGAGGAGUCAUGGGACAAUAAUUUAUUAAGGGUUUGUGGAAACUCAAAGUACUUCAUUCCCAACAAGUCUACAGUUUCUGUUUUUGCAAAAACAUUAACACAGUUCUGAAAGAUCACUAAACCCUACUUCGAGAACUUAACAUAUCACACAAUGGUAUUUGUAGGAGAACUCUUUUGCAGUUGCUUCUUGGAUGUCCUAAAAGGUGAAUUACGUGUCCUAUCUACUUGUCUAUAUGGCUUGUUUAUGACUAUGAUCCUCACAAUUGGCUUGCCAUGAUCAUACUAAGAACACUAGGUGUCUCCGUGCUAAGAAAUGAGGGGCAGCUCUGGGCUCUGGCUGUUAUGAAGCAAAGGCAAACAAAUAUAUAUCAUUUUGCUACAGUUAUGGUGAAAAGUUUGUGGCAUGAAUCCACGCAAAAUGGAACGCUUGAAUAAGAAGAUUAGAAACCAUGAGAAUGGAGUAUACUGGGAUAAUGAGAAAAACAACUUGAGGAGCUAUCAGUUGACGUUUCUGCAUAUACUAUAUUUGUACCUCUGUAUUCCUUAGCUGAUGCAUAUGAGCGGAUUGCCUGGUUGUGGAUCAUCACUUUUCUCACUGACUUCAAAUAUGUUAAAGCAUGUAGGUGUGAGCUUUGGUAUGGAGAUUUAAGACAAAAUAUAGGAAGAAAAACCCUUUGGCAUGGUGGUUGCAGAUAGCAAGAUGUGACUCACAGCAUGUAAAUGUUCUAACUUCCUCUCUUUUUUUUUUAGUUGCAAGGCGACUGAAGACUGACUUCUGUCUGCUUCUCUAAGAUGUGGGGUUGUGAGUUUAUUUUGUCCACUCUUGUAGGUUGUUUCUGUAGUUCAUUUUUGAAGAAGAAUCCCAUGCCUUGAAGGGGCUAGGGUUCCUCCAUCUCAGAUUAUCUGUAGACACUUAAUUCAAAAUACGAUAUUAAUCUUAGGUCAGUCCAUUUUUUUUCUCUUUUGCUUUUUAUUCUGUGGAGAUUAUCAUGAGUCACAGAAUUUAAAUUUUGUUGAAAAAUCUUUGAUUUUUGAUUUUUUAUUAUUAGUGGUUUUUAUUGCCUAAUCAUACUCAUAGCUAGUAUGACCUGCGACCAUAUGUCGGAGCAACUCAAACAAUCUCCCGCCAAUUCACAUCAAACAAGGUGAUCUUUGGAGUAAGCUUCUUAGAUGCAAUGAUGGAAACAAUAUCGUUGGAACAGGAAAUUAUGAUCACAAAUUCUUGUCUGGAAAUGUGAUGGAUCAUGAAGGAUGAAUUUAGCACUGAAGUAGGUUUUUAGUUGCUUCACUUAAUGAUUAAUAUAGGGUAAGUUAAUUUUGAAAGUUGGAUCUUAAUUUAGUGUACAAUCAAAUUAAGGUCAAAAUAUUUCAUGUGCAUGAGAAACACAAUGAGUUCUUUGUCUUGCCAUGUUAUUGAACGGCACUGAAAAUUAACUCUUCGAAGUCUUAUGAGUUCCAUCUUCAGGCUCUAUUAGUGUCAUUUUUCCUAGUUAUUUUGGAUGGUCAAUUUAUGUGUACUUCAACUUGAGUAAAGGUCCUAUGCAACUAAUUUAAAAUCUCAAUUAGAUAUUACCAUAGGAAUCUAGGCUUUUUAUAAUUUAAGGCCUUAUUUUCGCAAGCCUGACUCGGGGUGCUAGUUUGAGACUUACUGAACAUGUCAUAAUCAAGUAAUUCACUAUAAGUCCUUUUACAUUGUUGGCUGGCUGCAAAAUUAAAUUACUUUGACAAGCUUACCUUACAUGAUAGGCCUUACUGCUUGCCUAAUGUGGCAAUUUGUGAUAGUCGACACCUUACCCUGAUUUCACUGAGGCUUAUACUGCUCCUAGGUCUGCUGUCAGUUAUUUCUCCAGCUGGCUUGGUUCAUGGUUUCAUCGAUUAUUGUUUGUGAUAUAUAUCAUCAUGAUAUCCAAUACUGAUCAUGAAUGAUAUAAACUGAAUGGGUAAUCCAGUUUAUUAGCUUAUGGUAAAAAUUGAGAUCAGAUUUCAUGAACUCACCACCGGAUCGUGGAUUCCGCAUUGUUUAUGCUCUUCUCUUGUGCUAUUAGUUGUGUAGACUGAAGAUUGGUGUGAUGAUUGUCUAAUUUUUAUCAUAUCAUUGGGAACACCAUUGGGCAUUAGAUCACCAUUUCCUUCUGAAUUUUUAAUUUGCAUGUAUCCUUAGUUUGAUUGAUUGUGUAAAUAAAAAAAAAAAUCUCAUUCUCAAGCAGUUUCAUAUUUCUUUUAGAUCCUUCCCUCUGCGUAUUUAUCAUGUCCAGUCUCUUUUUGUUGUAUCAGGACUUAGAUAACAGUCCUAAUUGCUGGGAGUUGACUCUUGAUCUUGCCACAGCGUUGUUCUCUUGUAUGAAUGGCUGAUGCAGAAUUCAUGUAUUUAGAUAUUGUGUGCAUCUUGUUCCAUAUACAAAUUUAUACUGUACGUAUAUUAAAUUGGGCGACGAUCUCCAAGUGUAGUUAUAUCAGGAUUUGGAUCUCAAAAUUCUUAAUGCACUAAAAGCUUGUUUGAUCUGGAUUUGUAUCCUUGUAGAUUUGUGCCCUGUUGCAUCGAUAUCUGAUAGCCUUUGCAUCGCUUGUUUGAGCCAGAUAUAGCUAAAGUAAUUAAUUAUAAUCCAUUACUCAAAGAGGUCCUAGGUUCGGAAUGGGAAAUACUUGAUUUUAUCUUGAUAUUCCCAUUACUGUUACCUCAGGAUUAAAGCAACAAUGAGUUUAAUAAUUCAUAAGGCCAGGGCUUCACUAAAUUUGUAUUGGCUAAUUAUUAGCUUGCAAUAAUUGGUUGCUUAUGAUGAGCUUCAUGGUUCACCCAGUUAUGAAAACAAUGUUUUUUGACCUUGACCUUGAGGCUAGUGAUUUGAUUUCAGCUUUUCGGAUUGUCAUCUUGAAUUAUUUCAUAUCUCAUUGUGGUUAAUAUGCGAGCCUACAUAAUCUUUUACACUUGAUGCUUAGAAAAGGUUAGAUGGAGUAGUGGGGUGGAAAUUAUAUUGCAAAAUUUGUAGGGGAAAAUUUAGCUCUAUAAUAAAUGAAUGAAAAGCAGUUUAUAGCUAUUUUCCUGUCAGUAGUUUUCAGAAUUCAAGAUGGUUUUGCAGUCAUUGCAUCAUCCUAGAUUAGAUUUAAAAAAUAAAUAUUCAUUAUUGUAGAUAUAUUCAAAAAUUCUCUGUAAAAUGGUGAUCUGAAGCUAGAGCACAUUAAUAGUUAGGAACUUUUGGGCCCUUUGUGGAAUGAAUUGUUGAUAUACAUUUCAAAUUUAGCUUUAUAGAUACAGGUAUUAGUCAUUGUCAACUCGAGAUGUUACAUGAUAGCCUUUGAGUUUUGCAUGAUUACUGACUUCUGGAUCUUGGAAGCUUUGGUUUCUUUAUUUCUGAAACUGUUGAUGUUUAGCCAUCUGCAGGCUCAUUAAUUUUUGUGAACUUGUGUCAUAUUGCUUGAUGUUCUGCCAUCGUUGUUCUAACUGUAGACAUGGCUAUUCCAGCAACCACUUUAUAUUACAAAACUGAAUGUUCUGUAUACCAUUGUCG